GAUUUAGCAUCACUACGGAAAUAGUAAGUUAAGGAUAAAAUAGAAAACAGUGCAGGACGAAAGCUAGAAACUAAUAAGCAUAUCUGCAGAAAUGGGUAAUUUUGUAAGUAGACAAAACGCAGCUGUCGAGGAAGCUGACCAUAUUACCAAUCAUGCCUAUAAAUAUCCACCACGUAUUGGAAAUUUCUUCGGCACCCACUUUAUAAUGGGUGGUGAGCGAUUUGACACGCCCCAACCAGAGUCAUAUUUAUUUGGUGAGAAUGCGGAUCUUAAUUUCCUGGGUAGUCGCCCCACAGCAUUUCCAUAUCCGCCACCACAGGCUAACGAACCUACGAAAACUCUCAAGAGCCUCGUCAACAUAAGAAAAGAAUCUGUGCGUUUUGUGAGAGUACCAAAUGAGAAAAUAUCAAGCUGUGCUGAUGUUGAGACCUUGCAACAAAAUGAAAAAAAUAAGAAACUAACGGAAACUGCAUCUAUAGAGGAAGUGGACGGCAGCGUUCUUUGUAAUAUGGGUGGAGUUGAUAAAGGGACAGAGAUAGUGCCACCAAACUACAAUGUUGAGUUUACCUUCGAUUCCGACGCAAAAUGUGCUAUAACUAUAUAUUACUUUUGUACAGAAGAUGUGGGUUCCAGUGGCAUUAAACUAACGCCACGCGAUGGAUAUUCUCUGACAUCUGAUACGUACUAUUACGAAAAAGGUAUCAAUCAAUGUUUUUCACAACCUAGCCAUGUAUUUAACCCACACGUAAUACCCGAAGAUGAUCUUAUAUACAAUGCUGGUCGCGAGCAAUACCCAGUUGCUAUACAUUGCGUCAUCGAAGAAGGCAAUGAAGAAUGUCGUCAGUCACAUACUACAAUUUGCGUAAUAGACCACCACCCAGAAACAUGCAGUUAUGUGCUACGGGCACUUAAGCAAAAAAUUUUUGUGGACGGUCUAUGCUACUUACUGCAAGAGAUCUACGGCAUUGAAAACAAAGCAGUAAACAAAACGUCCAUGGAUGAAGAAAUUGACGAUCAUGGCAGUGAGUGCGUUAUUUGCAUGAGCGAAACCCGUGACACACUUAUUUUGCCUUGUCGACAUCUUUGUCUCUGUAACUCUUGUGCCGAUUCUCUGCGUUACCAAGCCAAUAACUGUCCCAUCUGUCGAGCGCCAUUUCGUGCACUCUUACAAAUACGAGCCGUUCAAAAGGGAAUUAGCACGCAGAUGCUGCACCAGAAUGCCCCAACAACAGUGUCUGGCGAGCCAACCCCUCCAGAUGUUCCUCCUGGAUAUAUACCUGUCUCACUUAUAGAAGCCUUGAAUGGUCCGCCACAGUAUGUGUCUCGUCCCAGAAAAAGUGAUCACGAUAUUAUGGACAGUAUUUCGAUGGCCGCUUCAACGUUGACAAGUGAAGACAUAAAAUCCGGUUCGCCUAUUAAAUCAGGUAGCCAACGCCGGCCAAAGAGCAAAAAGAAUGUUUCUACGUGCACCACCACCAAUGAAGUGGGUACGCUUACUAACACUACUGGAGAUAGCUCCAUUCUUUCAGUGAUGGAAAUAGAAAGUAAUUCAAAAAAAUCUCCGACUACCUGCCCUUCUCCCAAGACACUUCGUUCAUCUUCUGAGAAACAGGAUGUGCAUAUAAUCAACGAACGCAAUGGUCUAAAUUACCAGAAGAGUAACGCUGCCAUGCAGGAUGAAGAUGAAGAUAGUGAGAGCGAAAAGCUGUCACCAUUAUUAUCGUCAGAGACACAUAGCAAGAAUAGUUCAAAUAAGUCGGUGAAGCUAGUAUUGGAUAGUCUCGACAAUAGUGAUAACGAGGAUAUGGUAACAAACGACCCUGUUAAUGAUACCGCAAUCAGCGUUAAUAUUGAUGGUGAUGAUGAUAUUUCGACGAAGCACAAUGUACAUGGGUUCGAUCGUACCGAUGCUAAUGGGCCACUGAAAGAUCCAGGUCUAUUGGCAACCAACUUGAGUGCUGAGGAUUCUGAUUACUAUACACCUGAUGACAUUCAAAGCAAUAUACUUAGUCCGUUGUAUUCUUCAGAGCGAGUAAAGAGCGGUGAUUCCUUGUGUUGUAGCUGCGCUGCUUUGAAUCAUGGUAAUUGCGAUAUGAAUAUACUUAAUGCUACUGGGAUAGGUUUCAACGCAAUGGUGAAAAUAAAUCAAAAUCUAAAAAAAAAAUCUACUUCCGCGGGUAAUAUUGUUGGCCCUAAAUCUGUAGCUCCUGCUAGUACUGGAGUUGAUUUAAAGAGCAAUAAUAUAAGCUCACUUCCUGAUAUGUUGGACAGCCCGAUAAGUGGUAAUUCAGCAUCUACGCGAAGCUCUAGUGACAGCUACUCAUCGAGCUCAUCAACCAAGCAGUUGCUUAGCUCUAAUACAACCACAGCAGCUGCUAAUAUUAUUGUCGAUGAUAAAAGUUCACUGCAGAAUGCAGUUAAUGUUUAAAUAUAUAUAAUAUACAUAAAAAAAAUAAAGUCCUUAGUCUCGGUUCAAGAGCAUUAA